AUGUCACCACUAUCAUCAAACUCAUCAUCAGUCAUGUCACCACCACCUAUAAGUAGAUCCCAAGUCAGUGAAACUGAUUCGAGUAGGAUCACCAAAAAGAAGAAGACAGACAGAAUCUCUCAGUCGCCUCCACCGACACAAACUCUGUUCCAAUCAUACUUAGAAAAAAAGUAUCAAUCGCUUAACCAAGGCCAUGAUACUAUGGUAGAUUUUUUCACAAACUUGGGGAAAACAGUCACAACAUUCCCGAAAGAUGUUCAGAUACGGGUUAAGGGUGCGGUGUUUAAAAUUGUGAACGAUGCUGAGGCUGAUUUGUUUUGCAGACAAGUUGAUACAAAUAAUAUAUCGCAUGCGAGUAGAGAGUCCCAAAAUAUGCAAACCAUAAAUCAACAGCCAGUUGCAGCCGUGAUUUUAAGUCAAAAUAAUCAAUUCUCGUCCAUUCAACCUUUACGGACCUCUGGACAAGCAUUAUUUCAAGCAUCACCUACUACGGCAUCGAUGCUAUCUAACUCGUCACAACAAGUAUAUGAAGGACAAGUUUAUGAAGUACAAGAACAUGAUGUACAAGGUUCUGAAAUCAUGGAACAAUUUCUGCAUUUUCCAAAAAAUAAAUAA